ACGCUGCAAAGACUCCAGUCGUCAUCCAAAAUAAUGAACCGUAUGUCAAACAUCAUUUUCUCUACUAUAUUUUCCCCCGGGCUCUCGACUCUAUUACACAUACAUAUAUAACAAAAUAACAAGUAGUCACUAUGGCUGGGUCAACAUGGGUACUGUGGUGGAAGGACGCACAGGGCACAGCAUCAUUGGGCCUGCUCCAAGAGCGGCUUUUGCGCGGCCUGCGCGCCACACUCAAGGGAAGAUGGAGCAUGGACACGCGGCUAUUCCACUCGCAGCACAACUUUGUCGAGCUCCAAGGGCUUAAAGUAUCGAGCGACACCGAAACAACACGUACCGAGGCACGCGGCACAGCCUCGGACCAAUCCAUGUACCUUGUGGCUCGCGGCCAGGGCGCACAAAGGAGGCAGUUUUUCGUAAUGGCCAGCAACCGCGUUGUGGUCGAGGCAGAGCCGGAGAUGGAGUCCGUCGUUCUGCGGCUCAAGAACCUGUGGACGCCGCGGCAAUCUGCGCGCAUCGAAGGUUACAGCUACGAGGGCGACGAUUGGGUUAUUCGCACGGGGAACCUAAUGGUGGGAACGAGUUACAAGGGGCUGGUUAUUGAAAUCAAUUACUUGCCGUGCUCAAAUCCCGAACAAACCAGGGGGCUGAUGCGCGAACUUCUCGUUAUGAUUUUGCCGCCAGACGCACAGGUAGACACCAACAACGGCGUUGACUAUCGCAGGGCAUCGCUGGAUCCUUGCCGGAUGACCGAUCGCCACACCGCAUACCAAUACGUCCAUCUAUUCACGCAGAGCAGCCUUCUUUAGCUUUUUUCUUUUUUCUUUUGUUUUGUUUGAGUGCAUGCGGAGGUUCGGGCUGGUCAUAUUAGCCUCCAUUAGUCCAUAUUAGCACAUGAAGUUUCCAUAUUUAGAAAUUUCGGCUUUUCAUUAUCAGCAACAUUAGCACCUCCCCCAAAAAAGGCAUAACCACCACGUUUAACUUUGUAUGUGAACCUCCAAACAUAAAUGCCAUGCCGUGUCGCCGGCGGUGCGGUUGUGAUCAAGUGAGAUGAAUGCUGCCGAAAUCAGUGCUUGUCUAAGCAAUGUUUUUCAUUUAUAUUUUCGGAUAAAGAGGCUGAAACAAAACAAGACAUGAGGCACAUUGGAUAUGUUGUGUCGCUGUUUGCUGUUAGAGUUUUCAGUACUAUUUUUUUGUUGAGCGAUUUUUCAAGAAAG